GAAACAAAACAGGAAGCGUGUGUCUUGCUGACUUCUCCAGCAUCAUCUUCUUGCUGCACAUCAAGUUGUGAGUAAGUGAGCCUCAUUCAGGAGAUAUGGCGGCGUCUAACUACUCCCUGAAGGUCAACAGAGACCUGCUGGACCCGAACUUUGAAAGUUACCGCUUGUCUCUUGACGCCAUCCCGACGUACAACGUGGAGCUGGACGCAGCUGUGGAGGAGGUGAAGCUGAAGGAUUCUCACUACACUCUGGAACACAUGCGAGCCUUCGGCAUGUACAACUACCUGCACCUGGACCCCUGGUACGACGACAGCGUUCUGUUUGUGGACUGCAAAGGACGAGUCCUCAGCCUCACCGUCACCCUGGACACGGCUCUGGGGAAACCGAGGGAAGUUUACCGUUUAUCCGACGACUCCGAGCGAAGCGACGACCGACUCUGCGCCUCCCUGAGCCUCACCUCGGCUACCUGGGCAGCUCUGUCCGAUGGCAGCGGUCGACUUUACCUCCUACGAACCGGCAAGAGGGGCGACAGCAGCCACAGCAAGUGGGAGCCGCUGUUCGUUGAGGACUUGGGGGAACCUUUCACCGUCCUCCACAGCGUCUCUCACGUCCAAUCCGGCGUCCACAUCAUGGAGGUUCUGCUGCUUCGAGUCCAGAAAGACCCGACGGAAACCAAAGGCAGCGGAUUCUCGGUGUCUCUGGAGUGGAUCACCGUCGCCAACGCCGCGGGACACGGUCAGGAGAAGAAGUACGAGGUGAGGAAGAGGAGGGUCCUCAGGGGGAAGUCUGUGCCUCACUACGCCGCCGUGGAGCCCAAAGGAAAAGGGCUGAUGGUGGCCUCGGAGAAACCGUUCGCCUUCACUCACGUGGACGGUCGUCCGGUGGAGCAGCCAGAACCAGAACCGAUGGAGGUGGAGAAGACAGAGCCCAUUUACUUCUGGCAGCAGACGGCCGAGGACAUCACGGUCUGCGUGCGCAUGCCUGAAGGAAUCACCAAGGAGGAAGUUCAGUUCAGACUGACGGCAAAUAGCAUGAAAAUUGGAGUUCAGGGUUUCCCUCCUCUACUGGAAGGCCAGCUGUUUGCAUCUGUAGACCCCGAGGCCAGCGCCUGGAUCAUCAAAAACGACAAAAGCCUGGAGGUGACCCUUCAGAAGCGCAGUGAGGGACCCUUGUGGUCGGAGCUGGUGAUGGGCGACAGGAGAGGAGAAUAUGUGAUGAGUGAUGAACAAGCCGCCCUCAUCCACGAGAGACUGACACACCUGACCUCCGAAGACCUGAAUGGAAACGCCGACAGGGACAAGCCUCCUUGUAACUCUCAGGAGCUGGAGGACUGUGAUGGGUUUCCAGAAGACAGCUCCAGCCUCACACACUUUGAUGAAGCAUCACUCAAGCCCACUCAGGUGGUGAACCUUGGCAGCCAUCAGUAUCUGUUCACAGUGGAUGUCAAUCCGUCUGAAAUGCCGUGUCUCUGCCUCCGACACGAUGUGGACGCUCUGGUGUGGCAGCCUCGACCUGAACAGCCCGGAAACAUGUGGGAGCACGUCGCCACCUUUAACGCCCUGGGUUACGUCCAGGCGUCUAAGCGGGAUAAGAAGUUCGCCACCUGCGCUCCGAACUUCUCGUACGCGUCGCUGUGCGAGUGUCUGCGCCGAGCCUUCAUCUACCGGCAGCCGUCGCCCGUGGAAACCGUCCUGUUCAACAGGAAGCAGGGCCGACAGGUGGGACAGGUUGCCAAGCAACAGGUGGCCAGCCUGGACUCAGACAAACCAAUCCUGGGCUUCAGAGCAACCAACGAGAGACUGUACAUCCUGACCUCCAGUAACCUGUUCGUUCUGAAGGUCAAUAACAAUUAGAUCUGGGAUGCUGGGACUAGUGUUCAUCUCACGACCUUCUAAGAGCGCCACCAUUCCAAACCGCUACAUCUCAGUAAAUCGUGUUUUAUCUGUCUGUGAAAGUCUAAAAAUAAAAAUAAUAAAUUAAA